AAGAUCAAAGAGAGGAAACCGUAAUUUGAUUCCUUCAAAAGCGAAGCCUUUCACGGACCCUUUACAAUUAUAUAAAUGGAGGAAGAACUGGGUGAGUUUGAUCAGUGCUCAUAUCCAACGGGUCAUAGAGAAGCACUCCCCUCUUGAGACUGUAUUGGGAUUUGGGAUUUGGGAUUUGGGAUUUUAGCGAGUCGAUAGUAGAGGGAUUAUUAUGUCUGCGGAACAUUUCGUUGGGUCGGCGGCCGAUGCGGCGGCGAAGAAACCUGAGAUUGAGAAUGGAGUAUCCGCCUCACAGCCCGAUUCUAUUUCCUCUGUAAUUCCUGGAUGGUUUUCUGAAAUUAGCCCAUUGUGGCCUGGAGAGGCCCAUUCCUUGAAGGUGGAGAAGGUUUUGUUUCAAGGGAAGUCUGAUUACCAGAACGUUUUGGUAUUUCAGUCAUCAACUUAUGGGAAGGUUCUGGUUUUGGAUGGGGUGAUUCAGCUUACAGAGAGAGAUGAAUGUGCUUACCAAGAGAUGAUCACCCACCUUCCACUUUGCUCAAUUCCAAACCCCAAAAAGGUUCUCGUUAUCGGUGGAGGAGAUGGCGGUGUUUUGCGAGAGGUGGCUCGCCAUUCAUCUGUUGAGCAGAUAGAUAUCUGUGAAAUCGACAAGAUGGUAGUUGAGGUUUCCAAAGAAUUUUUCCCUCGCGUAGCUGUCGGGUUUGAGGAUCCUCGUGUCACUCUUCACAUUGGUGAUGGCGUCGCAUUUCUGAAGGCUGUUCCUGAAGGCACUUAUGAUGCAGUGAUAGUGGAUUCUUCUGAUCCUAUUGGUCCAGCACAAGAGCUCUUUGAGAAGCCUUUCUUUGCUUCAGUUGCCAAAGCUCUUCGACCAGGAGGUGUUGUGUGUACUCAAGCAGAGAGCAUUUGGCUUCACAUGCAUAUCAUUGAAGACAUUGUGACAAACUGCCGCCAAAUAUUCAAAGGCUCUGUCAACUAUGCAUGGACUACAGUUCCUACAUAUCCAAGCGGAGUGAUUGGGUUUAUGCUCUGCUCAACUGAGGGGCCUCCUCUUGAUUUCAAGCAUCCAGUCAACCCAGUAGAGGUGAACGGUAUCGACACCGUGAAGAGUCCGCUCAAGUUUUACAACUCGGAGAUUCAUACAGCAGCUUUCUGUUUGCCUUCUUUUGCGAAGAAGAUCAUCGAUUCAAAAGCAAAAUGAAAAAGGUUUCCCCCACAGCGUUGAAGAAGCAGGAAUUGGCGGUCUUGGAGUGUGCCAAUGUAAUAAGUGGAGACUUAAAAUGAGUAGUAGAAAUAGCUUUUGUUUUCCCCCAAAAUUUUCCCCGUCCUUUUUCAUUGAAAAGUGGCAUCUGGUGUUCUAGGUUCUAUAAAUAAAUAUGCUAAAUAAAUAUAUUUAGCCUUCGUGAAGC